AUGGCUCCUAAGCGGGCUCCUCGGCAGGUCCUGACCCAAGAGCUUCAAGAGCUCAAGCGUCGCCGUGCAGAGUUCAAAGCACGCAGCCGUGCGCUGGCCCUACAAGAGAAGAACUUAAAGAAAAGACGCACAAGGCUUCUGCAGGCGGCCAGGCAACUAAGUGAAGAAGACCUGCUCCUCUUGUUGCGUGAAGGUGAUGCUGCGCCUGCUGCCCCUGUAGCUCCAGCUGCGCCGCCUGUGCCUGCUGCUCCUGUGGCUCCGGCCGCGCCGCCUGUGCCGGUCGUCCCAGAUGUUGAAGCUGCAGGUGCGCCGAAUGAGCACGUGGUUGUCCUUGAAGUUGAGGAGGGAGCUGAGGGAGGCAGUUAG